AUGCUUUUCACAAGAGAAAAGCGUGAUAUACGCAAUAGCUGGGGCUAUACUUAUGAGUGGACUCCCGAGCAUCAGACCAAGGAGCAGCUGCGGCCACUAACCUUUAGCUACGAUGUACUUGGGGCGGAGUGUCUGGACCGGCUAGACGCCAUAAGCCCACCUCGGACGUCGAGACCAGCCCCACAGACGUCCGUGGACGACAAUACACCCAAGGCAUCGUCUCAGGGCGACGGUGGCAAGGAUGGCAGCCCACGGCGGGACCUAUACGCCCUUCUUGAGCAACAUCACGCCUCGGACCCAAAACUCAACGAGUUAUGGACACAGAUCCACACGGUCCCCUCCUGGGUCGACUGGGACCAGAUCAAAAGGGGCCAGGACGUCUUCUACCGGUACGGCGGGCCCAGUAUCGUCAGUCUCACCUUCCAGUCCCUGGUGGGCGGCAUGGGCGGCCGCCGCGUCGUCGAGACGCUCGCGCGGACGGGGGGUUUCGGCGCAAAGGUGGCCAAGCGCCGCCUGCUCGAGACAUUCCAGCAUAUCCUUCAGGUGACGCGGGACCUGGACAGCGUCAAACCGGGCGGCGAGGGCUUCGCGAGCAGCGUCAAGGUGCGCCUUUUGCACGCGAGCGUGCGGCGGCGCAUCCUCGCCCUGGCGCGCGAGAGGCCGGGCUACUUCGACGUCAGCGCCUGGGGCGUGCCCAUCAACGACCUCGACUGCAUCGGCACCGUGCUGACCUUCUCGUCGGCGCUGGUCUGGAUCGGCCUCCCCCGGCAGGGCAUCUACCUGCGCGAGCGCGAGAUCGUGGACUACACGGCGCUGUGGCGGUGGGUUGCGUACCUACUCGGGACGCCGACGGAAUCCUGGCUCGUGGACUACCGGAGCUCGAGAGUCAUGUUCGAAUCGCUGGUCGAGGCGGACAUCGACCCGAGCGACAUGUCGGCCGUGCUGGCCAACAACAUCCUGACGGGGCUGAGCUGCCAGCCGCCGACGUUCGUGAGCCGCGAGUUCCUCUGCGCCGAGGCGUACUGGCUGAACGGUUGGGAGCUCGCGCGCCCUCGGGAUCGAGCGGCCUAG